AUGGCUUUAGAAGAAGAGAGUGAUAGUUAUAAUGACUCCAUCAAUGUUGAUGAAGAUAAUACAAAUAAAAUUAAUGAUGAUAUAAUUAAUCAUAUUUUGUUCAGAAAUUUAUCAGAAGAGCAAAUCAAAAUUGUACAGGUACCUUUGGAAUAUAAUCUAUGUAUUAUUGCAUGUCCAGGGUCAGGAAAAACAUCAACUUUAACAGCUCGUAUUAUUAAGAGUAUAAUAGAAAGGAAAAAAUCAAUUGUCUGUAUAACAUUCACAAAUUAUUCUGCUAAAGAUUUGAAAGAAAAAAUAAUAAAAAAAAUAAAUUGUUUGAUAGAUUUAUGUACAGGAAAGGAAAUUCAAAAUAAACUAUUCAAUAGAAAUAAAAACAUUGGAGGAAAUAAAAUUCGGAAUAAAAAAUAUGACAUUAAUAAAACAAUGUAUAAAAAUAAAUUCAAAGUUUUAGACACAACAAUAUUUAUAGGAACUAUUCAUUCAUUCUGUCGAUAUAUUCUUUUAAAAUAUAAAGGAGAGUUUAAAAUAUUAACAGAAUUAAUAAACAGUAAUGUAAUAAAAAUGGCUUUUAACAACUUUUGUAAUUCAACGAUGUACAACAAUUCUUCAAUCGAUGGGGGUAAUAAAUGCACAAAUGAUCCCUCUAUAAUUAAUAAAAGUGAUAAUACAUUUAAUCUUUCACAUUUUAUUAAUUGUAUGAAGAAUAAUAUAAGUAAACAUGAAGAAAAGAAAUUAGAAGAUGAAGCAAUACAGUCUGAUUGUGAUGAUGAAGAAGAAGAAAAUGAAUAUUUUUUUAAUUAUUUAUAUAAUUUUAAUAGUUCUAUAGAUAAAGGGAAUUUAGAACAAAUGGGUGAAGUUAAAUGUAUAUUAAAAAAAAAAGAAAUUCUUUUUUUAAAAAAAAAAAUAAAAUUAUUAAAAUAUGUUGAAUUGUAUAAUAUGACAAAUAUCGAAAUAAAUGAUAUUGAAAGAAAGUUUUAUGAAAAUUAUAAAAAAAUUUUUGAAAAAGAAAAAUAUAUUUAUUAUGACUUUGAUGAUUUGUUAAUAGAAACAUAUAAAUUAAUGAAAGACAAUAUAUCAAUACGAAAUAAAAUAUUGGAAGAGUGGAAUCAUAUAUUUUGUGACGAAUUUCAAGAUAUAAAUACAACACAAUUUAAUAUUCUUCAAUUUUUUGCUAAUAUGCAAUAUGAUGUUAAACCUAUUAUGGAUAAUGAGUGUAUUGAUGAAGAUAUGGAUAUUUUUGUUGAAAAUGAUCCAAAUAAAUUUAUCAAAAAGCGUUCUAAAAAUAGUAAAAUACAAAAUAAUAAACGAAAUAAAACAAAGACAAGUAUUACAGUCAUAGGGGAUGAUGAUCAAUCAAUUUAUGCCUUUAGAGGAGCGCAUGCUAGUGUUUUUAAAAAAAUUAUAAAAGAGUGUAAUUGUUUAUUAUUUAAACUAAGUAGAAACUUUCGAAGUACAAAAGAAAUUGUAAGAAUAUCAAAUAAUUUAAUAUUAAAUAAUGGAAGUUGUAGAAUAAAUAAAAAAAUAUGUACAGAUAAUAUACCAGGACAAAAAGCAACUUUUGAAAUUUUCAAAACGAAUGAUGAUCAAAUAUCAUAUGUAUUAGCUCAAAUUAUUUUUUUAAAAAAAAUAUAUAAUUUAAAAUUUAGUGAUUUUGCUAUAUUAUCUCGUACUAAUAAAUCUUUAAAGGAAACUCUUAUAAAUAUGAACAAGUAUGAAAUUAAAAAAAAAGCUUUAAAAAUGUUCCGAGAAUUUUGUAAAAAUUUAGAAAAUAAAAAUAUACCCAAUGAUACUCAUCAAAAUUAUUCAAAAAAUGAAAAACAAGUUGAAUCUAAAACUACAGAUAUAGUAAAUGUGAAAAGUGGUGAGGAUAGUAUCUUAUCAAAAAAAGAAUUUCCUUCUGAUAAAAUUAAAGAAGAAAAUAAGCAAGUGAAAGAAGAAUGGAGUGAAGUAAAUAUUUCCACUUUUAAUAUUCCAAUAAAAGAAUUAAAUAAAAAAAAAUCAUUUUUUGGAUCAAAAGAAAUUAUUCAAUUGAUAACAUUACUUCGUUUUUUAAUAAACGUAAAUGAUGAUGUAGUUUUUUUAAAAUGUUUUAAAAUUAUAAAAAAUUGUAAAUUGAUCAAAACGAUUGUUCAUAAAUUAACAAAUAAUAAUAUUAGACAAGUUCACAAUAUCUCGGAUCCUCGUUAUGCUAGAGAUGAUAAUAUUAACAAUCAUAGGGGCAAAUUAAAUGAGGAAAGUAUAUCUUUCUUUGAAAAAAUUAAAAAUAUUUCACAGUUGUAUAUUUUGUCUAAAAGAAAAAAACUUAGUAACGAUCAGCUAGCCAUUUUGAAUAUAUUUACAGAAAAUGAAAUAAAAAUUAUUCUUGAUUUUUUUUUUGUCAUAAAUCAUUUUCUUAAUAUUUGUUCUCAACAUAAUUCAGUUUAUAUUUUGGUAAUGGAUAUAUUAAAAAAAAUAAACCUUAUAAAAAAAAUAUUGAAAAAAAAAGAAGAGAAUGUGGAAGGUACCGCUAAUAUAUCAAUGAAUAAUGAACAAAAUGAUUUGGUGAAUGUUAAUAAUAAUUCAUCAAAUAUGGAAAAUUUAUCAGAUUGUAAAAAUGAUAUAUCCACAAUAGACCAUAAGUCAGAUAUUGAAAAAAAUAGUAAAGAAAAAGAAAAUACACAUAUAAUAAAGAAUUGCGUUCAUACAGUAGAUUAUCAAAACAUACAUGGAAAAAAACGAACAUUUGAGCAAUGUAAUGAUAAUACAAACAAUAACACGAAUGAAAAUGCAGAAAUAAUUAAUAAUAAUAAUAAGGAAAAUCCUAACAUAAUAACCGAAUUAGAAAUUAAGAACAAUUUAAAAGCACUUUUUAAUAUAAAAGAAGAAGACUAUAAUUAUAGUCAAAUACAAAAUAUAUUUGUAUUUUUAGAAAUAACAAAAGAAUAUAAACCAAAUUUAAUGGAACAAACUUGUUAUGAUUGUUUAAUAUGUUUUUUGAAUGAUUUUAAAAAUAAUAUACAUGAAAAAAUGUUAAUUGAAAAAGUUACAUUAACAACUAUACAUAAAUCAAAAGGAUUAGAAUGGAAGGUUGUUUUUAUUAUAAAUGUUAUAGAGGGUGAAAUACCUCAUGUUUCUGCAAACAAUAAUGAAAUAAUUGAAGAAAGAAAAAUUUUUUAUGUAGGUAUAACACGAGCAAAAUAUAUAUUAUAUUUAUUGUGUUAUGUACAAAAUACUCAUAUCUCUGAAAAAAAUACAAUAUCACGAUUUAUAUAUCAAAUGAAGAUUUAA